UUAUUUGCAGCCUUUCAGUCUCUGCUUCAUUUGAAUAAUCCGACUUUUAGGAAACAGACCAACGAGGAGGGCGAGAGGAGCGAGACUCAGCAUCAGGAGAGAGAAAGAGGGAAAGAGAACUCAGCUCCCAGAAUUAUUCUGUCCAUCCGAGGGGGCGUGGCCUCUAGCAGAACGUCACUGAUAGUUCUAUAGGCUGCAGCUGUGGCAGCGGGCUCGCGCUGCUGAGACAGGCAAAGCACUGAAGACCGGUGGCGCGCGCUCAUAGACUCCCCUCUCACGCAGCCAGCCACACACACACACGCUCACACACCCCAAACAAAGGGAAGCACGCGAGGCAGCGCAGCAUCCCACUCUUUCAGCCGCGAGCUCACUAGCAGAACCGCCCCCCCCUACCCAGUCCCUCUCAGACAGAACCGGUCCAGUCCGAGGCUCGAGAGCACAGAACCGACCAUGACGACUAACUGCGCGGGUAACGGAACCAGCGACAUGCUGCAGAUCCAGUUCGGUCUGAUCAACUGCGGGAACAAGUACCUCACGGCGGAGACCUUCGGCUUCAAAAUCAACGCGUGCGCCUCGUCCAUGAAGAAGAAGCAGAUCUGGACCCUGGAGCAGAGCGCCGACGACUCCAGCGGCAACGUGUUCCACCUCAAGUCCCAUCUGGGCCGGUACAUCGCCGCCGACAAGGACGGGAACGUGACCGGCGACAGCGAGACCCCGGGCCCGGAGUGCCGGUUCGUCAUCACCGCGCACGACGACGGCCGCUGGUCCCUGCAGUCCGAGCCGCACGGCCGCUACCUGGGCGGCACCGAGGACCGGAUCAUCUGCUUCGCCCAGACCGCCUCGGUGGCGGAGAAAUGGAGCGUGCACAUCGCCAUGCACCCGCAGGUGAACAUCUUCAGCAUGACGCGCAAGCGGUACGCGCACCUGAGCGGCAAGGUGGACGAGAUCGCCAUCGACCGGGACGUGCCGUGGGGGGUGGACUCCAUGAUCACGCUGGUGUUCCGCGAGCAGCGGUACCACCUGCAGACCUCCGACAACCGCUUCCUGCGCAACGACGGCGCGCUGGCGGCCGUCGCGGACAAGAGCACCGGCUACACGCUGGAGUUCCGCUCCGGCAAGGUGGCGUUCAGGGACUGCAGCGGCCGAUACCUCGCGCCCUCCGGGCCCUCCGGCACCAUGAAGUCCGGCAAGAGCGCGCGCGUGGGCAAGGACGAGCUGUUCGUGCUGGAGCAGAGCCACCCGCAGGUCGUGCUCACCGCCGCCAACGAGAGGAACGUCUCCACCCGGCAAGGUAUGGACCUGUCGGCCAAUCAGGACGAGGAGGGCGACCAGGAAGUGUUCCAGGUGGAGAUCUGUCGGGAAAACCGCAAGUGUGCGUUCCGGACCGCCGCUGGGAAAUACUGGACCCUGACUGCUAACGGCGGCUUGCAGUGCACCGCCUCCAGCAAGUCGGCUAAUUGCUACUUCGACAUCGAGUGGCGUGGGAAGCGGCUGACGCUCCGGGCCGCCAACGGGAAAUACGUCGCCGCCAAGAAAAACGGCCAACUCGCGGCCACCAUCGACUCUGCCGGUGAGUCCGAGGAGUUCCUCAUGAAGCUGAUCAACCGGCCGAUCAUCGUGCUGCGCGGGGACCACGGCUUCAUCGGCUGCAGGAAGGUGACGGGGACGCUGGACUCCAACCGCUCCUCCUACGACUACUUCACGCUGGAGUUCAGAGACGGAGCGUACAGCCUGCAAGACUCCACGGGUAAAUACUGGAUGGUGGGUAACGAGCAGUCGGUGGUGAGCAGCAGCGACGCGCCCGUCGACUUCCUGUUUGAGUUCUGCGACUACAACAAGCUGGCGAUCCGCCACGCCACCGACAGCAAGUACCUGCGCGGCGACCACGCCGGCGUGCUGAAGGCCAACGCCGACGACCUGGAGACCGCCACCCUGUGGGAGUACUGAGGGGGGGGGGCCGCGCGGCGGGAGAAUCAAAGUGUGGCAAUGCAGCACAACCUGUGUCCCCCCCUCCCCUCCCCCACACACUCCCCUCCCUCAUAUUAUAUCCUGUACUUAUGACUUUAUAUGUUGAUGAACUGCACAGAGGGAACUGGGAGGAUAGAAGGAGAAGAAGAAAGGAAGGAGACGCUCCUUUCUCCCCUUCCUUCUCGUCUAUCCCUCCAUCUUUUUCUCCGCUCUGCUCCGCAGCGCCGACCUUUAUCUGUUGCCAUAGUUACCGUGGGGCUGUGCACUUUUUCUGCUCCGAUCUGGUUCGCUGCUCGACCUGUCACUCUUCUCCCUCCUCGCCUUAGGGUUGGGCCGUCCCUCUCGCAGAGCAGAGCCACGUUUUAAGAGCCCCCUCCUCUCUGAGUUGACCCCCUCCCCCCGUCUCUAUUGUGUGUGUGUGUGAGCAGCACAUGUUGAGCGUGGUUUUUCUCUCGGCCCUGGUCGGCUAGAUCUGCUUCUACAUGAUCAAAUCUCCCAAAACAGAUCCACCCGCCGGAUUAAAAUAUAUAAAUCGGCUUGAGACGUUUCCUGUUUGCUAAACAAGAUGGCGGCCGCGCGUUUGCAUGGCGUAGAAACGGAUUUGUCCCCUGACCGGGCCGAGUAGCUUUGUGUUCACGAGCCUGUGUGACGAGUAUGUGAUAUAACUGGAGUGAUGAUAAAGAUAUAGAAAAUGAUGUAUGUACGGGUUUAACCCCCCCCCACCCCUAUUCAUCUCAACUGUAAAAUACUCGUGAACCUGUUUCCUGUGUUGUGCUCUAGCUGUGUUCUCAUUGGACCAAACAGGAUGUAGGAAGUUAAAACGCGUAACCCCCCCCCCCCUCCUCACGCUGAACCUAUUGUCAGAUUAAAGAAAUAAAAAAUAGAAAUUGUGCGGUCACAUACUGUGGGGAACCAGCCCAUGACACGCGGUUGAGUUUCUUCUUCUACGUCCAAGGCACAGACAUUAUCAUGGAUACAGUAGGUAACCAUGGCGACGGGAGUGAAACGAUUUAUAGGCCCUUUUUGGAAGCUGCUUUUUGAAUCCUUCAAACCCAACCUUAGACCUUCAGCCUGGAUCUCGACCAAAUCUUUGAUACUGGAUUAACAGACCGUCAUCUCACACACACACACACACACCGAGAAACUGGAACCUGGUGCUACUAACUCGUGACCUGUUCACAAAUUGAUCUUUCCGUGUAACCGAAGAGGCUGAAAGAGUUCCUGUCGUCGCUCUCAUCUCCUGCUGCUUCUUUAACGGCUUCACAACGAGGUGGACGACCAAAUUGUGUUUUUUUUAUUUCUUUUGCUUUAGUCGGUGAAGGGAUGGAUAGGUUUAGAAAAAAAUGGCAAAGAAGCCGACUUUGAAUUUGUCUUAUUGAACUGGAAUGUCUGUUCUGCAGUCGUCGCGUAGCACGAAGGCGCCGUGGGUCCUCUUUGGGUCCCUCUUUGGGUCCCUCUUUGGGUCCCUCUUUGGGUCCCUCUUUGGGUCCCUCUUUGGGUCCCUCUUUGGGUCCCUCUUUGGUUCCUCUUUGGGUCCUCUUUGGUUCCUCUUUGGGUCCCUCUUUGGUUCCCUCUUUGGUUCCCUCUUUGGGUCCUCUUUGGGUCCUCUUUGGUUCCUCUUUGGGUCCUCUUUGGUUCCCUCCCUUCAGCUUUUUCUCCAUAGCGCGAAGCUAUCGUCACCAUCGAGCGUUCCUCUGACGUGAAGCCGAGUAUGCUUGUAGCCCCGUGGUAUGAUGCGUGAUUGUAGCCGGCUCCUCAACAAGCCCGUCCAAAUGUCCUCUCCGAAGUUUCGAGCGUUUUUGCGUGAAGGGUUGAGUCUCGAGCGAAUAGAAGGAGCGGUUGUCCUGGGAGGAAACCUGCGUCUCCAUGGGAACCGAGACGAAGGCUUAGGCGUGGGAGGUUAAACGUGUGGUAAUGACUGUGCCUUACUCGCCGUUUAUUUUUUGGGCAGUAGGGAAAUAAAAGAUCAAAAUAAUCCACAUCUUUGCUUUGUAUAACUGGAACUUCUUUUUGUAUUAUUAUUUUGUAUAAUUUUUUUGAUAUUGUGGAUUAACCUCUUGUGCCAUUGGUUCACCUGAAUAUCCAACGACCAAUAAAACUGGGAUUAUGAAUGCUA